AUGGCUGGAAUAUUGUGCACAAUCCUUACAUUGUUGGCUCUUGGAAAGGCCCCAGAGCAUUGCUCUGUUGGCCAUGUUCCCUGGUUCUGCCAUGACCUUGACUGUCCACCCUACGAAGUUACUGAAACACUUGGAAAGGAUGUCGAGCUUAGGUCAUACGACGCGGGCGUGUGGAUGUCCACGAACCUGACCGGCAUGGACUACGACAAGGCUGUGCGGACCGGUUUCAUGCGCCUGUUUGCUUACAUCAGCGGAGCCAACGAGGGGCAGCAGCGCAUCGAGAUGACAGCGCCGGUGCGUGUGGAGAUGACGCCCGGCGCGGGGCCCUUUUGCGAGGACCACUACAAGGUGUCCUUCUACGUGCCCUUCGACCUGCAGGACGUGCCACCAUUGCCCCUCAGUAAGGAUCUGUUCGUGGACCCCGCACCGUCCGUCAAGUACUACGUCUUGUCGUACGGCGGCCGCACGAAUGAAAAGGAGAUCGUGGACAAGGCUGCGAGCCUGAUGCAGCUUCUGGAGGACCAAGGUCUGACGUACGAUGCAAGCACCUUCUUCCACGCCGGGUACGACAGCCCUUUCAGGCUGUUCAACCGGCACAACGAAGUCUGGCUCAGGGCAGUGUGA